AUGUGGACACCACCCCUGUCGUUUCGCCAAGGCAUGUACGACCUCCAAGUCAACGCCGACCCGACGCUGCGUCCUGUGCAGGAGAAGCGCCAGCGACACCGCGAGGCCCAGCGCCGGUACCGGUACCUCAUCGCGCUCGAGGCGACUGCGCUCGAAGACGAGAUCCCGCUUUUAGAGCAGCGCCUGGCUCAGCUGCAGUAUCAACAGACACAGAAAACUCGGACUACGUCGCACGUCGCGUGGAAAGACAUUGCACUGGCGCUCGAAGAAGAGGCGUUGAUGAGCAAAGAGGUCCAGCGGGCUCUGCAGCAGCAAGUUGCCGAGGCCGAAACCCGCGCGUCCUUGCUGGCUGCGUGGGUACAGCGCAUGACAGCACCGCAAGCCUCCCCGUCGUCGCCUAGUCGUCCCUUGGCGGGCCUGUUGGACGAGCCCGUGAGCCGUGCCACUGGCGCUGUCUGGAUCAUGGACCAGCUCCACCAGCGAUUCCCACAGCUCUACGCGCAGGCGCCGUUCCCGCGUGACGUCAGAAGCGCACCAUUUGUGCGCGUCAGCGUCUCGGAGCUGGAGGACACGUACUGCACGAUGGUGCACCAGCAAUAUGUGGUGCUUUCUCCGCUGCAUGUCGUGCUGACUGCAUGCGAAACCAUUGCGGCCACCGAGGAGAUGGAACGCCUUGGGGACGACAUUGUCUACUGUCGUGACACGAAUGACACACACAACUUACUCAUUCGAACAGUUCAAGAACCAUGCAAGUUCAUUCGGCUGGUCCAAGGCAUCGAGGACGACCCGAAGCAUCCGCUCCAAGGGCACACGCGUAGCUGGACGAGCUGGACCAUAGGCACAGCGUUGAGCGACGGCACGACGCUGCUACAAAAAGGCUACGACUACUCGGGGUGCCGAGUCCACGGCGCGUUCGCACCACUGGAGACCGCCGAACCCGUGAUUCAGGUGCUCAUGGCCAACAAUGUGCCCCGCACCGAGUGGCGCGCCGCGUACGAAGCCGCAUACCAAACGUACUAUGAGAUGGAAAUGCAAAACGAUGUCGCCACCUUGACAGACACCAUUGCGCGCCUCGGAGCGAACGUGGCAUGAAACCCAUUUAAGUUUAGUAAAUUUAUAGCCUUUUAUUGUCGC